AUGUUUAAAAGACGUGUCUGUCAGGUAGCGUUACCGCGACAUCGGCCCCAGGCCACGACGUCUCGUCUUCCGCAACGCUUCUUCACCACUCGAGCGGGUAAUUCGGCGUCGCAAUGGACUUCUCGUGCUUCGUGGGCCGCUGCCGCCGCUGCUGUUCUAUCGGUAUCAGCGGCAGUAUACGGAAUGACACAGCAGAGCCCCCUCAAGCUCGAUAGUCGCUCCCUUGCCGAACUCGAUGAGCGUACCAAGCGCGAAGAUGGCGUCAACGACAAUUCGCCCAUGCGUCUCAGAAUGGAGGAGCUCAUCCGCCAGAAGCAGGAGGAGAUUGUCUAUGCACUGGAACAGAUUGAUGGCACACGGUUCCGCAAGGACACCUGGCAGAGGCCGCAUGGUGGCGGCGGUCUGUCCAUGGUGCUUCAGGAUGGAAAUGUAUUCGAAAAGGCCGGAGUCAACAUUAGUGUGGUGUAUGGUACCCUGACCAAGGCAUCAAUUGAGAAGAUGAGGGCCAACCAUAGCAACAUUGCUACGGAUGUCGACGAGCUGCCCUUUUACGCCCUUGGACUGAGCCUGGUGCUACACCCUCACAACCCCAUGGCACCCACCGUCCACUUCAACUGUCGGUACUUUGAGACGAUGAAGGCCGACGGAACGCCACAGGCCUGGUGGUUUGGAGGAGGUAGUGAUUUGACUCCCAGCUACCUGUACGACGAGGACGCAGUUCACUUCCACAAGACGCUGAAGGAGGCAUGCGACAAGCAUAACAAGGACUAUUACCCUCGCUUCAAGAAAUGGUGCGAUGAUUACUUCUUCAACACCCACCGAGGCGAGAGGAGAGGUAUUGGCGGCAUCUUUUAUGAUGAUCUCGAUGACAAGGACACGGACAUUGAGAAUGCAUUUGCAUUCACCAAGGAUGUCGUCAGCAGCUUCUUGCCAUCUUACAUCCCCAUCCUCGAGAAGCGAAAAGACCUACCCUUUACCGAGAAGGAAAAGGACUGGCAGCAGAUUCGCCGUGGACGCUAUGUCGAAUUCAACUUGGUCCACGACAGAGGUACCGCAUUUGGCCUGACCACUCCCGGGUCGAGGACUGAGAGUAUUUUGAUCAGUCUUCCCCGAACGGCCCAGUGGAGGUACAUGCAUGAGCCCGAGCCAAACACUCGCGAGUCACGAAUUCUCGAAGUGCUCAGAAACCCCAAGGACUGGGUCUAA